AUGACUGUUGACCCAAAUGCUGUCACCAGUCUCACUGUCUCUAACAAAAAUACAUCAUCUGUGUCUCUAACCUGGAAUGAGCCACCUGGGAACAGGUCCUACUUUACAGUAAAUUGGACUGAUGGCAGUGUGAAUAACAGCAGUAACACUUCAAACACGUCUUACACUGUCACUGGUCUGACUGCUGGAGUGAACUACACAUUCACUGUUACUGCAGUUGCUGCAGAUGGACAAACUGCAGGAGCACCAAAUCAAACCUCAGCAUUCACAACACCAGAUGUUGUCUCCAGUCUCACUGUCUCUAACAAAACUACAUCAUCUGUGUCCCUAACUUGGAAUGAGCCACCUGGGAACAGGUUCUACUUUACAGUAAAUUGGACUGGUGGCAGUGUGAAUAUCAGCAGUAACACUUCAAACACGUCUUACACUGUCACUGAUCUGACUGCUGGAGUGAAGUACACAUUCACUGUUACUGCAGUUGCUGCAGAUGGAACUACAGGAACACCAACUCAAACCUCAGCAUUCACAAAGCCAAAUGCUGUCACCAAUCUCACUGUCUCUAACAAAACUACAUCAUCUGUGUCUCUAACCUGCAAUGAGCCACCUGGGAACAGGUCCUACUUUACAGUAAAUUGGACUGAUGGCAGUGUGAAUAACAGCAGUAACACUUCAAACACGUCUUACACUGUCACUGGUCUGACUGCUGGAGUGAAGUACACAUUCACUGUUACUGCAGUUGCUGCAGAUGGACAAACUGCAGGAGCACCAAAUCAAACCUCAGCAUUCACAAAGUCAAAUGCUGUCACCAAUCUCACUGUCUCUAUCAAAACCACAUCAUCUGUGUCUCUAACCUGGAAUGAGCCACCUGGGAACAGGUCCUACUUUACAGUAAAUUGGACUGAUGGCAGUGUGAAUAACAGCAGUAACACUUCAAACACGUCUUACACUAUCACUGGUCUGACUGCUGGAGUGAACUACACAUUCACUGUUACUGCAGUUGCUGCAGAUUCACAAACUGCAGGAGCACCAAAUCAAAUCUCAGCAUUCACAAAGCCAAAUGCUGUCACCAGUCUCACUGUCUCUAACAAAACCACAUCAUCUGUGUCUCUAACCUGGAAUGGGCCACUUGGGAACAGGUCCUACUUUACAGUAAAUUGGACUGGUGGCAGUGUGAAUAUUAGCAGUAACACUUCAAGCACGUCUUACACUGUCACUGGUCUGACUGCUGGAGUGAACUACACAUUCACUGUUACUGCAGUUGCUGCAGACGGACAAACUGCAGGAGCUCCAACUCAAAUCUCAGCAUUCACAAAGCCAAAUGCUGUCACCAAUCUCACUGUCUCUAACAAAACUACAUCAUCUGUGUCUCUAACCUGGAAAGGGCCACUUGGGAAAAGGUCCUACAUUACAGUAAAUUGGACUGGUGGCAGUGUGAAUAUCAGCAGUAACACUUCAAGCACGUCUUACACUGUCACUGGUCUGACUGCUGGAGUGAACUACACAUUCACUGUUACUGCAGUUGCUGCAGAUGGACAAACUGCAGGAGCAUCAACUCAAACCUCAGCCUUCACAAAGCCAAAUGCUGUCACCAAUCUCACUGUCUCUAACAAAACUACAUCAUCUGUGUCUCUAACCUGGAAAGGGCCACUUGGGAAAAGGUCCUACUUUACAGUAAAUUGGACUGGUGGCAGUGUGAAUAUCAGCAGUAACACUUCAAACACGUCUUACACUGUCACUGGUCUGACUGCUGGAGUGAACUACACAUUCACUGUUACUGCAUUUGCUGCAGAUGGACAAACUGCAGGAGCAUCAACUCAAACCUCAGCCUUCACAAAGCCAAAUGCUGUCACCAAUCUCACUGUCUCUAACAAAACUACAUCAUCUGUGUCUCUAACCUGGAAAGGGCCACUUGGGAAAAGGUCCUACAUUACAGUAAAUUGGACUGGUGGCAGUGUGAAUAUCAGCAGUAACACUUCAAGCACGUCUUACACUGUCACUGGUCUGACUGCUGGAGUGAACUACACAUUCACUGUUACUGCAGUUGCUGCAGAUGGACAAACUGCAGGAGCAUCAACUCAAACCUCAGCCUUCACAAAGCCAAAUGCUGUCACCAAUCUCACUGUCUCUAACAAAACUACAUCAUCUGUGUCUCUAACCUGGAAAGGGCCACUUGGGAAAAGGUCCUACUUUACAGUAAAUUGGACUGGUGGCAGUGUGAAUAUCAGCAGUAACACUUCAAACACGUCUUACACUGUCACUGGUCUGACUGCUGGAGUGAACUACACAUUCACUGUUACUGCAUUUGCUGCAGAUGGACAAACUGCAGGAGCAUCAACUCAAACCUCAGCCUUCACAAAGCCAAAUGCUGUCACCAAUCUCACUGUCUCUAACAAAACUACAUCAUCUGUGUCUCUAACCUGGAAAGGGCCACUUGGGAAAAGGUCCUACUUUACAGUAAAUUGGACUGGUGGCAGUGUGAAUAUCAGCAGUAACACUUCAAACACGUCUUACACUGUCACUGGUCUGACUGCUGGAGUGAACUACACAUUCACUGUUACUGCAUUUGCUGCAGAUGGACAAACUGCAGGAGCAUCAACUCAAACCUCAGCCUUCACAAGGUCUCGUGGAACCUGGAGCCUAUCCCAGGGAGCAUGGGGCAGAAAGCGCAGAAGGCGAAGCAAGAGAUUGUGAAAGAUAUCCACUGUCUU